AGAAGGACAGACAUCACUGCUUAGGUGAAUGCAGGCGCACACACUCACAUACGCACACACGCAUUCUCCAAGCCACACACUAUUACUCACCCAUCCCCACUCAGUGUGCCUCAGGUCUGCUGCUGAGUGAGGAUUCUGCAGCUGGAGGGCUUGAGUGCAAUAGACUGAUCCAGUGCAUCCAGCAGUUUUCUCCAGAACAAGCUACAACCAGAGACUACUGUGUAUCUUCACUCAGCCUGGGCUGUUCAGAAGAAUCCUUUUUAUUCAUUACAGCUGGGAGAGUAGAAGCUGUCCAGUCUACUCAGUCACUCCUGGAACUUUGGUGGACUGGAUUGAACUGAAUUUGAUUGAAUCCUGGAGCAUUAAGAAAACCUUUGUCUACUCCUUCUGCUUUUUCUAGACUGGAACCAAUGACUAUUGGUUAUUUAUACAACUUCAGCUACUUUGAAGAUCAGUGUACCAGCAUUUCUGUGAAUGAGGAAUGAUUGUCUCCUUUGGAGGAUUUAGACACACAUUUUAUCUCUUUAAAUAGAGGUGUUUGGGGUUGCCAGAACAAGUGGACAGCUGUACAACUGAAGCGAUAUCAGGUUGGUUUAGUUUACACCAUGCUGGAAUGCUACAGAAGCAAUAGCAGCAGCAGCAGCAGCAGCUGAGAGGCAUAAUCACCCGUAGUUGGCGUACGGAGCGCAGCUCGACAUGGAGAUAACACAGUGCUUUAUUUAAGGUAAUCUGAUUUGAGACAAGCACAGCUGGUCUAGCCGCCGUGCGAGGAUGCCUGGCCAGAACACACAAAGCAUUAGACUACUCAGAGUUAGUCAGCAGCUGUAAUGCACUCUGUACACCCUCAUCAGCGCUGCCCACGCCUGUGUGUGUUUUUCCAACCACUUGGGCAGUGAAGUGUGGUGCUAUGAGGCUCCUGCGGUGCUGUUUAGAGGGAGGUCGGCUUUCUCUGAUUCUGCUGUUUCUCCUGCUCUGCUGUCCUACCACACACACACAUGCAAAGUCAUCUCACACUCACGAGUCUCACAGACACAACCACAAUCAUGAAAUCAUCAAACUGGCCGUCAUUCUGCCCAAGACAAAUACCUCCUAUCCCUGGGCCUGGCCUCGUGUGGGCCCCGCCAUAGACCACGCCAUGAAACUGGUGAACUCCAACCCGUCCCUCCUUCCCGGCUACAGCCUGCAGUUUGUGUUUGAAAGCAGUGAGAAUACUGAUGGGAUCUGCUCGGAAUCCAUCGCUCCACUCAUGGCCGUGGACCUGAAGUUCGCCCACGAGCCGUGGGCCUUCAUCGGCCCAGGCUGCGAUUACACCUCCUCUCCUGUGGGCCUUUUCACCACCCACUGGGGUCUCCCUAUGAUCACAGCAGGUGCACCAGCCGUGGGCUUCUCCGACCGCUCUGACGCCUACACCUCCAUCACCAACACUGGCCCCACGCACAAGAAGCUGGGCGAGUUCGCCCUGCACAUUUGCAGGCACUUUGGCUGGAGCCAGCAUGCCCUACUGAUGUUCGGUGACAGCAAGAUGGGCGAACGUGAGUGCUACUUUGCCGUGGAGGGCCUGUACACUGAACUGAAAGAAGUCAACAUCACCACGGUGGAUCUGGUGUUUGAGGAGGAUAGUCGGCCAGUCAACUACUCGGAACACUUGCAGAAGAUAAAGGAGGAGGGCAGAGUGGUGUUUGUCUGCUGCUCUCCAGAUAUUUUCCGGCAGUUAAUGGUUCACUUUCGGAAGGCAAAUCUUCCUCAGGAGGAGUUUGUCUUCAUCUAUAUUGACGUAUUUGGACGCACUUUGACAUCCCAGCCUGUCCAGCCAUGGGCCAGAGGUGAUGCGGAUGAUGAACUCGCCAAGAAGGCCUAUCAGAGUGUGAAGAUCCUGACGUACAGAGAGCCACAGAACCCGGAGUAUAAAGACUUUGUGAUGGAUCUGAAAGCUGGAGCAAAGAAGAUGUUUAACUUCACUGUUGACGACUCUUUGAUGAACAUCAUCUCUGGAGGCUUCUAUGAUGGUCUAAUGUUAUAUGUUCAAGCUUUGAAUGAGAGCUUGGCAGAGAGCCACGGCCGGCCCUCAAGCAAGAGCAUUACAGAGCGGAUGUGGAAUCGAACAUAUUACGGUGUGACUGGUCUAGUACAGAUAGACAAGCACGGGGACAGAGAGACAGACUUCGCCCUCUGGGACAUGACAGACACCAACUCCAGUGUCUUUCAGAUUGUGGCCGUGUACAAUGGUACUCAGAAGCAAAUGAGGACUCUACCAGGUAUGGCCUUCCACUGGCCUGGUGGCUUCAUUCCCCCUGACAUGCCCUUCUGUGGCUUCAAGCAUGACAAUCCUGCCUGUAUCGCUCGGACCAUCACAAUGCAUCAGAUGGUUUCUAUUGUAGUGUUCUUCAUCCUCGUUAUCAUCUUUACCAUCACUGUCUUCAUAUACAGGAAGCUGAAGUUGGAGAAGGAGCUGGCUGCUCAGCUCUGGAGGAUCUCUUGGGAGGACAUGCAGAUGAGCAAUCUGGAGAAGGUGCUGCGAAGUGCAGGCAGCAAACUCACGCUGUCUCUGCGAGGCUCCAACUACGGCUCUCUGCUGACCGCUGAUGGUAACUUCCAGGUGUUCGCUAAGACAGCCUACUUUAAGGGAAACAUUGUGGCCAUCAAAUAUGUCAACAGGAAACGUAUUGAACUGACCAGGAAAGUGCUGUUUGAACUGAAGCAUAUGAGAGAUGUGCAGAAUGAUCAUUUGACUCGCUUUAUCGGAGCAUGCAUUGACCCACCCAAUGUCUCCAUCGUGACAGAGUAUUGCCCGCGCGGCAGCCUGCAGGACAUUCUGGAGAAUGAGAGCAUCACACUGGACUGGAUGUUCAAAUAUUCACUAAUCAAUGACAUUGUGAAGGGAAUGGCCUUCCUCCAUAACAGUGUGAUUGUAUCUCAUGGCAACCUGAAGUCCUCGAACUGUGUGGUAGAUAAUCGUUUCGUGCUGAAGAUCACAGACUAUGGGCUUUCCAGCUUUAGGACUGAAUCUGAUCCUGAAGACGCCCACUCUUACUAUGCACGGAAGCUGUGGAUGGCUCCAGAUCUAUUGAGGAUGAGCAACCCCCCCGCCUGUGGGACGCAGAAAGGAGACAUCUACAGUUUCGGCAUUAUCCUGCAGGAGGUGGCUCUGCGGAGAGGGGUUUUCUACAUUGAGGGAGACUCUCUCAGCCCUAAAGAGAUAGUGGACCGUGUGGCUCUGGGGGAGUGGCCGUAUCUCCGGCCGACGGUGAACACACAGGCUCACAGUGAGGAGCUGGGUCAGCUGAUGCAGCGCUGCUGGGCUGAGGAACCUGCAGAGAGACCAGAGUUCAGCCACAUUAAAGUGCUUCUCCGCAAACAGAACAGAGAGGUCAGCAGGGAUAUCCUGGACAACCUGCUGUCUCGUAUGGAGCAGUAUGCUAAUAAUCUGGAGGAGCUGGUGGAGGAGAGGACACAGGCCUACCUGGAGGAGAAGCGCAAAGCAGAGGCCUUACUCUACCAGAUCUUGCCCCAUUCAGUAGCAGAGCAGCUAAAGAGAGGAGAAACGGUACAGGCUGAGGCUUUUGACUCAGUCACCAUUUACUUCAGUGACAUUGUGGGUUUCACCUCACUGUCUGCAGAAAGCACACCCAUGCAGGUUGUGACCCUCCUCAACGACCUCUACACUUGUUUUGAUGCCAUCAUAGACAACUUUGAUGUUUACAAGGUGGAGACCAUUGGAGAUGCAUAUAUGGUUGUGUCUGGUCUGCCGGUACGUAACGGGAAGCUGCACGCGCGAGAGAUCGCCCGCAUGUCCCUUGCUCUGCUGGAUGCUGUCAAAACCUUUAAGAUCCGCCACCGACCUGACCAGCAGCUCAAACUGCGCAUUGGUAUCCACAGUGGACCUGUGUGUGCUGGUGUGGUAGGACUUAAGAUGCCUCGGUACUGCUUGUUUGGAGAUACAGUGAACACAUCAUCACGUAUGGAGUCCAAUGGAGAGCCUCUGAAGAUUCACGUAUCCUCAGCAUCGCAUGACAUUCUGCAGGAGUUCAACUGCUUUCAGCUAGAACUGAGAGGAGAUGUGGAGAUGAAGGGCAAGGGAAAGAUGAGGACCUACUGGCUGUUGGGAGAGAGUAAGAGCAGCGAGUGAGCGGAACCAGGUGCUGAGCUGAACCCACACAGUGCACUAGUGGACCACCUGAACACACGUAAAGAACCACUAUCACAACUUCCGGGCUUCUGUCCACCUUUGCACACUCCUUCACUUGCAUUCCAGAAGGACACAUUGGUGGAGUCUGGAGAACUGUGGUUUGUGUGAUGAUAGAGACAUUAGGAUAUUUGUAUGCCAUGAACACCCCUCACUGUCAUUCUCACUGUUGGUUAUAAAGAGCACGAAAAGGAAGGGGAGGCCAUGUUUCCAGCUGAAAUGUAAUCUUGUAAAUCAUGUAAUCCCACUGCUUUAAAAUCAUGACUAGACUCAUGACUCUCUCUCAUUAGUCCCAUGCUGUAGUAGCUGUGUUUCCCAUUUGUUUUAGAGGAUGGUGCAAACUAAGAUCCACAGAGCAUCGUGGCUGUUUGAUAAGAGUGUGACUGAAGUUUAAAGUGGCAGCGAUUGAACCAGCGUAAUGGCCUAAUUAAAUUUUGUGAAGUAAUGGUGAAAUAAUCAUGAUUUUCUUCUAACAUUAACAGGUACAGAACCUGUGCACAGUCUUUGCACAGUAGAUCUUCACCUAUGCUGAGCACACAUUGCAUCUAUGUAGCUGUUAAACCUCUUAAUGCUAAUUCUCAUUAUGCUAUACUGCUGGGGCUGUAAAUACUGACUAAUGAUGCUCUGAACUUGUGGACUCAUCCUUAAUAACUUAAAAGAUGAGUUCCUGUAGAUUGGGUGUUUCUAAGAAACCUUCAGAUUGAGGCACAAUAACAUCAAAGAUCAAAGGUUAUGAUAACUCUUAAAGGUCUAAAUCUAGAAGGAAAAAGUGCAGCUAUAUAUAUUUGUUUGAAGAAUCUAUCAUUUGGAAAUAUUGAAACGUAGCACAGUGGAAAUUCCCUGUGGUUUGAUUUUGCCAUGUUUGCUAUGUCUGUUUUCUAUGUUUAUUUGAAAUGUACACAUAACUGUAACUAUGGGAGCAUUCGGGAGAGUGGGUUAGCAGGAUGUUAGAUUAUAUUUCUGUAAAAAAUAUCUAAAACACUUAUGUUGUUUUUGCAAACUGUCAUAUGAUUUUUAUAUAAAAAUGUGAAAUGCUGUUCAAUUCCACAAA